AUGAAUUAGAGUUUGACUGUAAUGGAGAAGGUUGAGCAGGACAAGAUGGAGAAUCCUCAAGCUUGGAUUCAAAACAAUAUAAUCAAUUCACUUUCUGGGAGAGAGUGGAGGUAGAACUAUUUACAAAAAUUGGGAAUAAAGCAAGUUUAAGAGAAGGAGAAUUCAACUAAGGAAUUUUAAUUAAACUAUGUGGUUAGAACGAAUGAGGAUGUCCGUAAUAACUACAUCUAGAAACUCAUGAAUAAUAAAUUGAUGUAAUAGUAAAAGAAGCACCAAACUUUGACAAUAUUUGAUUGGGAUGACACAUUAUUGUGCACAACCUUUUUGGGAGGAUAUGGAUUCGUUGAAUUACCCAUAGAUGUCUUGGAAUAGUUGACUGCAUUGAAUGAAAGCGCUAUUGUUAGAAAAAGCGUCUUAAGUAGGGGAUGUAUUUAUAAUUACAAAUGCUGCUUAGGCAAAUUGUAUAUGAAUAAGGUGUUCUAAGUGAUCUUUGACAAAAAAAUAGUAGUUAUCUCAGCUAGACAUGGGUAUGAAGAAAUGUUUCCAGGGGAUUGUGGUAAAUGGAAGAUAGAAGCCUUUAAAGAUAUAAGAUCUAAGUAUGAAAAUGAUGUGUUCACCAAUCUAAUCUGUUUGGGGGAUUCAAACAUUGAAAUUGAUGCAGCCCACGUGUUAGCCAAGGAAUUCACUGUUGCAUUAAUUAAGACCAUCAAAUUCAGAGAGUGUCCGAAACCCGAGGAGUUGGUCAGGUAGUUAGAUUUGGUAUCUGAUAAAUUCGAGUAAAUUUAUACUACUUUCAAGAGUUUAACAAUACGGUUAGAGAAGUAAGUAUCUGUGUAACUUGUAGGAAGACUUCUGGUAGUUGAUGAAUUUUAUAUUAUUAAAUAUAUAUAUUUGGCAUUUUAACUUAUAUCUUAGUAUAUUUAACACGGGAUUUCAAAGAUAAAUUGA